AAGGGGUACGGAUAGAGGCCCCAAUCAGUCGGAGUUGAAAAGGUAAACUGUCAAGAGCUCUUAAUAUAACCAAUUCAAGCAUUAUGUUGAUGAUAACCUUGUUUAUGGUGGCGUUGUUGGCUCAUGUCACGCAAGGUGUAACACGUUACGAUACCGGCAGGGGCCUCGUUUACAAGCUAUCAGUGGUACAAGAUGUCACGCUUGAACGUCCAAACAGAAACUUCAACAGUUUGCCGUUCCUUCUCGUUUCUCGGCAUCCUGAUUUCCCCAACAAACGAUCGCUUGUAAAGUUUGAAAACCUACCCAGGUCCUGCCCGGGUAUUGUAUCUGCAAAGAUGUACCUGUAUUAUGUCUACGCACACAAAGCCAGCUGGCAUCCCAUCACCAAAACCCCUUUCAUUCCCCGUUACAUGCAGGUUCAUUUAGUGGAAAAAUCCUGGAACGAAUCUCAAGCUACCAGCACCAAGCGCUCAUCAUAUGCCUAUUGGUCGAAACAAUAUCUUGGUUUGGAUAACACUGACGCAGAGGCGGCUCCCCAGGGCUCAUCAGUCGUUAUCUUUCCAUAUCGUCCUCGUGGUUUCGUGGAGUUCGACAUCACGCACGCAAUCAGACAAUGGCAGUGUGGAGUCCCAAACAAUGGCCUCUUGAUCCGUGCAACUAACGAGUUACAGAGUGGAAGAGGCAUUCGGUUUGCAAGCAACGCUGAUCGCGAUCGUUCACGACAUGCGUACGUGCUUGUUCUAUGCAAAAUGUAAAGAAAGCAUGUCAUUCUUACCUUCCCUAUCAUCGAAUCGAGUUGUUUCAUAGAUGGGGAUUGUUUUUUGUACGUUCUGAGAAUGACAAUAAAGUAUUGUAAUAGUC